AUGAUGCUGAAAUCUCUAUUCUCCCAUCAACUCGAUAUCCUUUGGUUUGGAAGACAAUUGGAUGACAAAGAAUACAUGGAAUAUAUUCAUUAUGUUAGAAACUCUUCACGCCUUGAAUUUUGUGUGUUCAAGUUUAAAUCUUCCUUUUUCCAUACCAAAGAUUUCAAAUACUGGUGGUCUCAGUACCAGACGCAAUAUUUUUCUGCUACUGCCUUCUUGCAAAAAUUAAUGGAUGCUUUCGAGGCUUGGGAAGCCAGUCGACUUUCUGUCGAUCUCAUUUCAGAGGUUCCACUUGCUGACCAGCGGAAAAAUCCUGAUGUUGAAGCUCAAACUACUAAGGUUUCUGAAAGGAAGCCACAACCUUCUAUUGGUCCAGACAGUUUCGACCAUAAUGACGGUUCCCACAUUUUUCUUCAUUCAAAGCUUCGACUCCCACAAAGCUCAAUUGGCGGAAGAAACUCAAGAGAAUUAUCCUCAAAGCCAACACCUCAAAAACUAAAACUGUUGGUGUUGAUGCUCCGCCUUCUCCUACUCAUGAUCAAGAGGAAACUUCACCUCCUCGACAACCAACUCCAACAAUUCCAACUCAGGAAGAAGAAAACGUCCAACCCACUGAAGAGGUAUUUAUUUCUUACACCACUUCCUUUUACGAAAAUAAAAUCUUCUUUUCAGGCACAAGUUCAUGAGGAAGUGGUUGGAACUACUCCAUCCAUUGGUACAACUUCAGCCAGAGAUGUUGACGCCUUGGAAAUUGGGAAUGAUCUCUCGAUCAACAUCACUUCCCACUCGACUCCGCCUGAUGGUCUUACUCAUUGUUCGACGGCACACAUCAGUGAAGAAAACACUGAAGCCAAUCGAUAG